AUGGUUUACAUCAUGGAAAUCUACACCGACGGUGGCUGUAGACGAAACGGACAACCAGGAGCAAUAGGCGCUGCUGCAGCCGCUUUCAAGAACAGAAAUGGAACAUACGAUAUUGCUUGGACAAGAUCCUUACCCCAGGAUCCCCCACCCACAAACCAGCGGGCUGAAGUCACAGCCAUCAUUUUGGCGCUCAAGCAAGCCUUGAAGAAGCGUCAAGAUCUUGACACAAAUCCAUAUCUAAAUGUCAAGAUCUACUCGGAUUCCAAAUAUGCAGUGAACUGCAUGAAAAUUUGGAUUUACAAGUGGACUAGAAAUGGAUGGAUCAAUGCCGCAGGCUACGAGGUUGUGAACAGAGAUCUUAUUGAGGAGGCUUCUGAUCUUGAUGAUAGGUUGAAAGAGGUGGGAGACGUGGAUUAUAUCUGGAUUCCGAGAGAGCAGAACCAGUAUGCUGAUAGAUUGUGCAAUGAGGAUAUGGACAACCAAUGA